AUUUGAGUCCAAAAUCUCCCAUCGAAGUUUAAUCUCUGAGAGAAAACGAACCAGAGAGAAUCAAUUGAAGCUCUGUAUUGCACAGAAUUUGAGCGAGAGAGGAGAAGAAGAAGAAAAUGGAAGGAGAAGAGGAGACGAGGAAGAGAGUUGUAGUUGAAUCGCUGGGAUGGAUAACGGAAUCAUCUAUCAUGCCGAAGAGGCAUCGCGUCAUCGAAGGUGUGGGUCCUUCUUCAAUCAUGGAGCUCAAAGCUCAGCUUUAUAAGUCGCAGGAAGAAGCUAAGCAGACGAAGGAUUUCUCGGGAUCCGAUGCUCAGUACCAUCGCGCCAAAGAAAGGAUUGCCGCGAAAGACUCCUUCUCCGCGAAGAAUUCCGGGGUCGAGGGUCGCGCUCUAAAGGACAAGCUCGAGCUCAAAGCAGUUAAAGACGGAGCAGUUAGCUACGCCGCGUUGGAGAAAAAGGCUCAGUUAUAUGAAAAGCUUGUAAGGGGAGAGCUUUCAGAUGAAGAAGCCGAAGAGAAGUACUGUGUAGACUUCUUCAGGAAAGGAGUUGAACAUGAAGAUGAUGUAAAACCAUCAAGCACGAGAAACAGUUCGAUUACAGCACCACCUGAGGAUUUAAAAGCAGAUAGUGAAGAUGAUGGUUCGCUGUUUAGCACGAGAUUUGCUGGACUCGGACGUGCAGUUGUUGGGACAGCUGAUCCAAGUCAACACGUGCGUAUGGUCAGAGAGGUUCAUGAAGAAGUGAAUCAAGCGAGAGAAAAAGCAACGGAGUUGAAGCAAAAGAGACAAGAGCAGGCAGCAAAUCGUCGGGAGAAACUCAAACAAGCUUAUCUCCGGAAGCAGCUCGAGAAACUUAAAGCUCAACAACAACAACCGCAACCACAAGAUAAGGAAAAAACAUGAUUUUUAGAUGUUUUUUCACUUCGCCAAACUUUUGGGUUUUGAGAGUGUCUUCUUUAGGAGUCAGAUCAGUUCUCUGUUUUUAGCACACGAUGCUAUACCACUGUGGAGAGAGAGAGACCUUUUAAUGACUGAAAGAACAUAAAUCCCUAGAAAGAGGUAAUUAAGCCGAUCAAUUGUGAUACAAAAACAGCAAACGUUUAUGUUAGACAUCAGUCUUAAGUUUGCUUGGAUGGAUAGCUUUUAAGUAUAAGUUAUAUUGUAUUUUUACGAGCAUGCUAUUUUGUAAAGGGCAAGUACCUUUUCUUUCUUUCUUUCGAUUUCUGUUGUAGAGAAGAGAAUGCUUAUAAACAAUAUGAUUAAACAUGCUUUCUCCACAAAAAAAA